AUGAACGGAUACAAAAAGGACGAGAAGCUGACCCUCGAGGUUGGGCUCGAGGCAGCACCUCUGGUGGUCACCAUCAAUGCGGUUAAACACACAGAGCAGGGUCCAACUAUCUUGGACGUGAGCUCUCAGCCAUCACCCGGGGCUCAACUUGUCCCCGCUAGUUUCAAGAUGAAGGUCUUUGAUAGGCGCUACGCCCACGAGCUCCGCAAGAAGCUGCAAACUGGGACGUGGAAUCCCGAUAAAGAUCACCUCUUGCUCAGAGAUGCCAUGACCGGCAGUGUUGAUACUUUUCUCACUGAAUGGUGUCGAGAUGCCAAGAUUCCUUACAGUCCAACCUCUAUCGAGGCUCCCAAUCGGGAGGCCAUCAUCUGGGAGUACAUGCGACGCCAGUACAAGUCAGAACUCGCAAUGCACCAAGUUCUCAAGUUAAAGGGCAAGAAGACCGACCCGGAACUAAUUGAAACUGCCACGCUACGCACUGGCACCACCAAUGACUUUGUGUUGGGCUUGAUGUACACCAGCAAUCAGUAUUUCAAUGUCUCCUGUCUCCUCGUCCGGGAAGUCGAGGGCGCCAAACCAUUUUCCUCAUACCCUACACUGCUACAUGAACAGGACUUUCAUCUUGGUCUGUCUGUCUUCAAUGAGGCCGGAUGCGGCCCUCGAGUCGAAAUCCCUGAGAUCAUUCUUACCCUUCCUGACGACGACGAUGCCUCAGACUCUGAGAAGACUAUUACUGACGGCAAAACAAUCAGUGGGGAAGAAACAACAUCUGAUGAUGUUGGCAAGCCAAACUCAGAGCCAUCAGCUGAGAAGGGUAAAGGGAAAAUCAAAUACCUUCUGAGCCCGAACGCUCCACUGCCCAUGGAAUCCAGAGAGAUCACAGUUGGGACAUCAGAAACGUUCCCCUAG